AUGCCAAAUGCUUGUGAUCAGCGGAAGCACGAGGAAUGUCUUCCCGAUGGCAGCUAUGGACAGUUCACGUGUCAGUGCGCCGCCAACCAUCGACGUCAUCCAGUCACGCAGAUUUGUUUGAUAGACGAAUGCGCUGCUGGAACGCAUGACUGUGAUAAAAACGCCAAAUGCGUUGAUACUGAUGAUGGGUACAUUUGUACAUGCCGUGAAGUGACCGAUGAAUGCGCGCAAGGGACACACAACUGCUCAGUGAAUGCAUAUUGUAUCGAUCUAUCAAAAGGAUUCAUGUGUCGGUGCAAGGAAAAUUUCAUUGACUUCAGCCCGAAUCCUCAGCAUUUUGGUGGUACCACAUGUAAACCACUGGUGGAUGAAUGCGCCGACAAAUCGCUAAACACGUGCAGUGAGAACGCAAUCUGUAUCGAUACCAGAGAAAGCUACAAAUGUCAGUGCAAGGAAGGCUUCAUCGAUCACGACGAACUGCGUAAUCCUGGCCGAAUCUGCGAAAAAGGUUUGCCUAAAACAAAUAUUCUGAUUGUAUGUCAGACUCCCGUUCAUUUAGGUUCAAAUUUAGACUGGUUUUGGUCAAAUAUUGAAAAGAGGAAGCUGUGUUGGUCCAAUUUUUUGAAGCAAAUUCGCAAACAUUUUGCUUCGAAAAUCCUGAAAAGAACCUCCUAACC